ACAACGGCAACGUCGGGCGCCAAGGUCCCAAACAAACACGAAAACAACCAGCUGUAGUGUGUCGUGCGAUUUCAACUCAAGUUCUAUGAUUCAAAGAGAGGUUAAGAUAGCGAUAAUUAUUAGUGUCGUGUGCAACAAAAAAACUCCAAAUAUAUUAACAAUUUAAUUAAACAAUUUAGUUUGAAAAGUCGUCCUUCUACACCAGUGAGUGUAAAGGCAGGCUAACGUAAAAUCCUACUUAUUUAAGCCACUUGAGGUCACAUUUUUUUAUCACAUUUUUUCCUUUGUUAUUGAUAGAUUCAACAAUGAAAGCCUUUGUAGUUAUCUUCACUCUAUCCUUCGCCUGUGUCUUCGCCAAUUUACAAUGCGAGCACAAGAAACCAAACAUUCCAACAGACUGGAUCGACAUGGGCAAUCCGUGCGUGGUCAAAGUACGAAACCACGUCAUGGAAGAACUGAAAGCCUCCAUGCAGUACAUGGCGAUGGCCGCUCACUUUUCCAGAGACGACGUUAACCGACCUGGAUUUGCCGAGUUGUUUUUCAAAGCAGCAAGAGAGGAGCGCGAUCACGCCAUUAAACUCAUCCAUUAUCUUUUGAUGAGAGGAGAACUUACCUCUGAUGUGUCCAACAUGAUCACCAAAAAUUUGGCUCCCAAUGUAACCAACUGGGCAAGUGGGGCUACCGCCUUGAGAGACGCUUUGGUUCUCGAAUCUUCAGUUACCAAGAAAAUCAGAGGUUUGAUUAUUGUAUGUGAAAGCGACCCAAGUUUCAACGACUAUCAUUUGGUUGACUAUUUGACUGGCGACUUCCUUACUGAACAAUACGAAGGCCAACGUGACCUUGCUGGAAAGCUAUCCAAUUUGGAAAAACUCAUGGACAAACACGGAGCCCUUGGGGAAUUCCUUUUUGACAAAAAAUUAGCUUAAGCUGUUAUGUAACUAUGAUUAUGAAUGAAAAAUAAAACUAUGAUUACAAUUUUUUAAAUUUUUUUCAAUACUAUUAUUACUUAAGCAUGUAUAGUUGAUUUUUUUUAUAAAGAAAGUUGUGUAAAUGACAAAUAAAGAUAAGCAUGUGAUAAGAUCUAGUAUUAGAUGAGUUAUUGACCUUUUGUUUUUUUGCAACUAUACCCUAGUGUUGGUAGUUUGUAUGGAAUAAAUUAUUUUUAGAAUAGUA